AUGCGCUUCGACUCUCCUCGCACUCCCCUCGCCUUUCACUCGCAAUCCCCUCACACUCCCCUCUCACUCCUCCCCUCACACUUCCAUCCCGCAACCCAGCACUGGCAGCACGUGUCAGGAGUGGGCUACGCCGAUUUCCGCGCCUUCCUGCGCGCUCAGCGGGACACGUGGCGGCAGGAGCGCGAGGCAAGCAGGGAGGAGGAGAGGCGCGCAGCAUCCGCAGCGCCCCAUGCUGACGUGGCACAUCCAGAAGCUGAUGCAGGGCAGAAGGCUCAAGGGAAGGUCAGCAUGGGGGAGGAGGUUGAUGCGGGGAGGGCUGGUAUCGGGGAGGUUUUGGGGGAGUUGGGAACGGUUCAGGUGGACGGGAUGACAGUGGCUGAUGUCCAUGGGGAAGAAGAAGAAGGGUCGGAAGAACCAGCGCUUGGGAAGUCUGAACCCGCGCCAGUCACUCAACCAGCAACAACCGCGCACGUUGCUGCUGCACCCUCUAAAGCUGCUGCUUCUCCCACGUCUGAUGGGACUGAGGAGCACAGGGAGCACAAGGAAAGCGGAAUAGAGGAGGAGGUGGCGAUACGGGUCAGCGCAGCCAGUGGCGCAGGUGCUGCUGGUGUGUCUUCUGAUGCGCAUACAGACGCGGAGAGAGGGGACGAGGAGGGCGGGAAUGAAGUUGCAGCAGUGGAGGAGCAAGAAGAAGAGGAGGGAGCAGGAGCAAAGAGGCGAGACGGAGGAGCGGGGCUGGCAUCUUCAGCAGCGUCCUCAUCAGCAGCGUCCUCGUCAGCAGCAGCAGCAACAGCAGCAGGUGUUGUAGCAGCAAAUCAAAGGGAGAAUAAGGAGCAGCAGGGCGAGAGCAAGCACAAGGACGGCAAGCAGCCGCCAUCCCCUCCGUCCCUCCCUGCUGGCUUCACCUCCUCCAUCUGCAGCGUUCCCCCAGAAGCUUCUCGGAACGUUCUUCCUCCUCCUCCCCCUCGGCCUGGCCCUGCCAAGGCAGCAGCGGCAGCAGGGGAAGCGGAGGGGAAGAAGGGGGCGAGGAGAGGCAGCGAAGGGGCAGGGAGCGAGGGGGGUGUGGGGAAGGCGCUGGAGAGGAGGAGAUCGGUAGGGGAGGCGGUAGCAGGGAGGGGGAGUGGGGAGGCGGGGCCACCUGUGCGCAUGUGUGCUGUCUUCGAUGACUGCCUUGCAUCAGUGAACAAGGUGCAGUUCGCCCGGCACCAUCCAGACCUGCUGGCCUACGGGGCAGCGGACGGCACACUGCGGCUGUGCUAUGUGCCGUGCAGCCAGGGGGGAAGUAAAGCAGGCGGCGCAGGGGGGAAGAGGGGUGCUGCGAGUGUGGCGCGAGUGAAGCAAGAACUCAAGGGGCACACCAAAGAGGUCACUGACUUUGAUUGGUCCACGGAUGACGACUACCUGUGCUCGUCGUCGGCGGACAAGAGUGUGCGCGUGUGGGACGUGGGGUCGGGGCAGUGCCUGCGCAUCAUCUACACGGUCAUUCCCCAGACCUGCAUCAUCUUCCACCCACAAAACAACAACUUCCUGGUGGUGGCGAACAGCAAGCGGGAACUAACAGUGAUGAACUUCAGCACGGGGCGAGUGGUGAGCCGCGUUGCCAUGGAUAGCAACGUCACCGCCCUCGUUGCCCACCGAACCACCUCCGCCCCCGCAGCAGCAGGUUCUGCCACCAGCAGCAGCAGCGGAGGAGGAGGAGCAGCAGGCAAGGCUGUAGCAUCAGCAGGAGCAGCAGGAGCAGGAAGCAGUGGGUUUGGAGGGGGAGCAGGGGAGGCGGACAGCGUGGUGUUUGUGGGCGACAGCGACGGCGCCAUCCACAGCUUCACGGUCGACAAGCAGUCGGGCGCUCUGCUCCGCCGCCACAAGACCGUUGCUGGCGUUGUCCAUCCCGCACCUGUGGCCUCGCUGCAUUUCCGCCCCACCUCUGUGCUGGCCAAUGGGCCCGUGCUGCUGGCCUGCAGCAAGGAUGGCUGCGUGCGCUUCUACACCACCGCUCUGGAGCUCAACAGCUACCUUUACCUCAAGAUCUUGCUGCAGCUCUCUGUUCAACUCUGUUGUCUCUCUGUCCCUGCUCUCCCUUCAUCCGCCCUUAGCCCCCCACCCCUCUCUCCCCACCCACCAGCACCGCUCUGGAGCUUAAUGGCUACCUCUUCCUCAAGAUCUCGCUGCAGCUCUCCUCACGCGCUACCAACAUGA